AUGAAACCCAAAUACAAACCACUCACCGGAACUGAGCUGGUUGAGAAAUUAAUUGAGGAUCUAAAGCAAGUCAGAUGGCUGCCACAUGAUGAAAUAAGGACUUAUUCAGUCUCAGAUUUCCAAACUGUGACGGAUGAUAGGUACCAAGCCCAUCAGGACCUCCAGAUGAAAUUGGAGAACUUAAAGCUCUACCAGCAUUUUCAGCUUGCCCGCCAUAGAAACCUACAGAAAGAGCUCAGUCAGGACAGAGCAGCCAUACAGUGGUUGGGAAACCUGUCUGCUCUAACUGAACACAUGACUGUUCAAAACCUUGUCACCAUCUCAAAGGGGGAGAUCACUGCUUUCCUAAACAAUGGUUUUAAAAUUGAGGGACAGAGAGAACGGGAUCAGCAGGGUGGUCUUUUUCCAGACAGAGGUUAUCCUUGGAGCAGUUGUGCUAAAUACAUCUUUGCAGACUGUGAAGUAACAGGUCCUGGCAGUGUUUCCUCACAAAAGGAGAGUAAUGUGUCAGUCGAAACCCUAUUGCCAGUCAAAAUGAACUCCCUCAGAGUUCAGGGACAAAGAGUGCAAUGCCAUUGUCAAUUUAUGCCCCAGAGACUGCCGGAGUGGAACUUGAAAGUUCAUGUCGGAACACGAGAGAUUCAGAAUGAGCAAGACAAGAUUAUACAGAUUGCCAUUGCAGAGGUACACCAAUUGUGUGAGAGACACUCUUGGUUGGCAGAUGCUCAUUUGUUCACCAGUCAGUGGAGUUCAGCCUCUCUAGAGACUUUGUGUGGAUCUUUCCCCUUGAAAUAUGAGGAGCUGAUCAAGAAACUUCAUUCUUGGAUGGACAGAGUAAAGCACAGUGAGAGAAUGUCAGGUGAUAUGCAGAAGAGGCUGGAAGACCUCCAUUCUUUACAGGAGACUAUGAGAAGAAAUUAUAUGCACAUGAAUUCAAACAGCAUUCUUUCAAUGAAGCAGCUGAACAAUCAGAGCAGAGCCAAUGGAAUUCUGAGAGGUCAACUACUGGAUCUCACUUUUGUGACUACAGCACAGCAUAAUUUGGAAGCAAGGAAAGGACUCUGGGAGCUGAUGAGUGUGUUGUCCUCACAAAUCCAAAAGUGGAAGCUACUAACAUUCAAGAAGGAAGAAAAGUUCAACCCAGUGGAUAAGAUGUUUCGUGAUAUCGUUCAGAUCACUGUUAAUGAUCCACAUCUAUUCAGUUUUGUUCGACUGGGUACAACAACAGAGGGCAGUGAUAUUUUACAAGGACAGAGUCUACGUGCUGUCUUUAUGAAUGGACUUACAGCAAUGGUGGAGAUUUCUAAUCACUUACUUCAUGUCUUUGAGUCCCCACAACUCCCUACUUUCUCAAAUCAGACUGUCUAUAUUGAUAUUCUGUGCACACAAUUUCCAUAUGGCUAUGAAUACAUUAGACCUGAUAACUGGACGAUGGUAACUACUCCUUCAGCUGAACAAGCUUACAUGGGUGCAAUUCUUGUCUUAUCAAGCUUCAAGUGUGCUUUCAUUAGUGGACUCCACAUGUCAGGCAAGCAGCAUACCGCUGUGCAGUUGGGUUAUGCACUGGGACGACAAGUGGUUAUUUUGAAGUGUUGUUCAAGCACUGGUUGUUCAGUCAUUUCCCAAAUGAUUUGAGGUGCUCUUCAAACUGGGGCUUGGCUUGUGCUUGAUUCAGUUGAUUUGUUGGAACAAGGGACAUUGUCUGAGUUGGGACAACAUUUGACAGAAAUUCAUCAACAUUUAUCAGCAUUUCAAAGACAAGCACCUGCAUUGGACAAGACAGUGAAUGAGGUAGAAUGUCACAUUGCUGGGAAAAAUAUUCAGGCAAAGCUUAGCUAUGGAUGCAUCACAAUCUCAGCUAACGGCUACUCAACUGAGAUGCCAGAAAUUCUUAGAAUUGCAAUGAGACCUAUAUCAUUCAUGCAUCCACACUACAGAAUCAUUGCCGAAGUGAUGUUGAUGUCAUUUGGAUUCUCUGAAGCAGCAACCAUUAGUCGCCGUCUAGUCUCGCUAUUAGCCUUGCUAAAGGAUUCAUAUUGCCUUCCUGAAUUUGUCAGUGGUCAUCAAACCUCAUGGCUUAUACCUCACAACGUGUUGAUCUUGCACCAAGCUUUGAAGCUCUCCAAUACUGUUGUGCUUGUUGGACCAGCAGGUAGCGGAAAAACAACUUUGUAUCGAACCCUUGCAAGUGCAGUUCAGAAACUGUCCAGGACUCAGGUUCUGUAUGGAGAUCCAGUUGAAAGGCCUGGUUGGUUGGACUCUUUGACUUCUCUUUGCGGUCUUGAACAUCCUCAUCUCUGCCUUUCAUCGGGGGAGAAAAUUCAGCCAUGAAGACUGAAAAUACUAGCUGAACUCACAAACCUUGGUUAUUUAACCCCCUCUGUAGUGACACACUGCAAUCUGGUAUAUGUUUCUGGAGAGAACCUGUGGAGAUCUGUGUGGAAGAGGGAAAUGAAUGUGCUGUCGACUGAGCAUAAUGUAGACCAGAAUAUUCUGGAAAUGUGGAGUCACCUUUCUGAAGACCUGAUUCCACUGCUUCCUUUUCUUAAUGGGAGUUACAAGCAACUGUUUCAAUCAAGAGACGUUAAUUAUCUAGGCACUUGCAGUGCUCCUAAUGCAGUCAACAGCAAUCAGAUCUCUCCACAUCUCUCUCGACUCUUUACCAUCUUGGCUCUCCCAAGCAUGACUUCGGAAAUCCUGUUUUCUAUCCAUUCCUCAAAAUUGCAAGCAUGGCUGAAAGAAAUACAACCCAUACAGAGGGUUGCAGAUAUAACAAACUGCAUCCUAACCUCAACUCUUGAGGUGGAUUUUGCUGUGCGUGAAUGUGUUACUGAUGCCCUACACAGUCCAAUUUUCAUCUUUUCUUUCAAAGUGUUUCAUGGGAUGUUCCUCUGGAGGCCAAGGCUUAAUAUCCAGCAGUCUCUUCAUAGGAGUCUGCGAUAUGGGAGUUUCUCUUCAUCUGUUCUUGGUCAUCCAGCCCAUGACCUCAAUAUCACCCGCCUGUGGAUGCAUGAGUGUUUGCGCACUUUUGGAGAUCGGCUAACUUCAGAGGAAAGGAAAAUAAAGAGAAAUAUGAUGACACUUACUAUAAUCCUACAUGCCCAUGUGCAUCACCAAAACGUACAUCAACUUGUACACAUUAUCCAUGCAUUUCUCAUUCCGGCUUUGUUAGGAACAGCAAAAAAGACAGACAGUAAGUCCAUUGUACGCCUAGCAGCUACUCUUUUGGGAUACCGACUAAUUGAGGUUCAUCCAGGAAAUGAAGCCAGGUUGUGGGAAAUGAUGAAAGGCGUUUGUAGCUGAAUUGGUGUGGGUGGACAUUUGCUUAUACUGGUUCACAAAGACACUAGCCAGGCCCUUAAGGAUGAGCUGCUGGUAAUAAUGGCAGACGGAAGCCUCCCUUUACUUUAUUCAGAUGAGGAACUGAAGAAUUUGACGAAAGAUGCCAAAGCUAAUGAAAGUCUACUGCACCAAGCAGCUUUGCAGGCUUUGAGCCAGUCUGAUUUGGAUGAGAUGCGGCCCUACAGGAUCCCACCUGAUGGAGUUGUCAUGGUCAUGGAUCUUAUAUGCAUGUUGUGUAACCAUCCAUCUGGUUGGGAGAAUAGCAGACAACUUUUGAUGCAAUCCAGCUUCUUUCAGGAUCUGGAAUUUAUUGACUGCUCUACUUUAACCGAUAAAAUGAUUCAAAAGAUUUCAGCCAAGAACUGUGCGAGAUGCAGAGUCUUUGUGUUGCUGGGUGAGAGCAGUAUACCGGGUUUGAAGAUGUUGCCUUAUUUUGUUGGUUUUUUCCCCCCACAUUUUCUGCUAAAACCUCACACUUCACUCAUGGAGGAGGUUCAAAUGUUUGAUCUUUCUCCAAGCGCAUCUGAAGUUCAGGACCUUUUUUUGACAGAACUGAUGCAGACUGAGUCAGAGCUCACCAAAGCCCUUUACGUCGCUCUGCAGAACAUGGCCCGCCUUUCGCCACGUUAUCUUUUCACUCUUCAUGGUUUCCUGCUCACUUUACGGUCAGCUUUAGCCACACAGAGUCCGGACGUCAGCUUUCACGGAGAGAUGUAGCCUACAGCUUUUGUAUUUGAGAUUACCUACAGGAUUGUGUCUCACGUCUCUUCUCAGUAUAUACCUCGCUUGUUCAAGAGCCAUACUGCUUUAUUCAGAUUAUUGGUAUCUGUUGCCGUUAUUGUGCACAAUGAGGGAUGCCCUGAGGUAGAACAAGCUACUUUCCACAGAGGAUUGAAGAACUUGAUGUCUUCAGAGCAUUUUUUAUCACCGUCCACACAUUCUGUCCCCGAGCUGCCAAGUUGGAUUCAAAUUCACUCUCGAGAUGAUAUUUAUCUAUUAGAGAAGAUUGAACCCUUCCGGGGCCUUGUAUCAUCUCUGGUGAAUUCAUCCAAGCUAUGGCAGGAAUAUCUGCACUUUCCUUCAUCCACAGUGAUUGGACCUGUCCCAUGUCAAUCUCACUCUCAUUUGUCCACAAUGCAGCGGGCUAUUCUCUGGAAGACGCUGUGUCCUUAUUGGCUAGCAGCGGUGGAAGAGGAUCUUACAUCCUGUGCACAGGGAUAUUUGCAGAAUUCAUAUCCCGGAGACCCUCUAAUGAGCUCCGCAGAACUGAUCUCCAACCUUUUGUCCAAAAAUCAAGGCCCUGUUGUUACAGGCCACUGGUUAGUCCUGAACAACCGUCAUCUGCUGGACUGAUGGGAUGACAGAAUUGUGAACAAGUUAACACAAGUAGUGUACAGCACUGCAAAGGGUGACUUUAUCAACGAUGCAAGCUACACCUACAAGACUUCAUUAUCUCAUUCUAAACCUCCUCGCAUUGCUAGCAGUACAGACCCAUCCAUUCUGGGCUUUAGUCCAGGUAUGGCAAGUGAACUGGUGAAGCUAAAAAGUCAUAGACUCUCUUCUGCAUCAAUCACAGAAUACAGUUUUCAGGCAGUUAAAUAUAACAUGACAAGCUCCACUGCUGCGUAUCUAACAUCAUCAGCUCUCUCACGUCUGGAGACUCAAGCAGACCAGCUCAGGUCAUACCUGUGGGAGGAGUCAUCCAGUAUUACACCUCGUGUUUAUCGACUAACUGCCUUUCUCAGUCCCAGAGGCUUUCUGGCAGCACUGAUCAGACAUGCGGCCCACAUCCACCACAAGGAUAUCAGUCUUUAUGGAUUGAAUUUUAAGCUUUCAUUGGCCAAGGACAGUCCAGAGGGUCUUCUGCGCCAUCUUCAGGGGCAUGAAAAUGUCGAUAUCCCAACAAUAAUAGGCCAGUACUUCAUGAUACAGGAUCAGCCACUUCUCCACCCAUACGUGGUGUUUGUCUGUCUGGACUGGAGCUUCAAGGGUGCUCUGUGGGAUCCAGGGUCUAGAGUUAUUAAUAACAAUGAGUCCCUGAAACCUUCUCUUUUUCCACCCCUCUGGGUUUGUGCUGAAGAGAAUAGGAUCAGUUCCUCUGAAGGCUCACACUGUAAUUCCUCAUCCCAGCUUCUGUACUACUGCCCCCUGUAUGUAGAAAAAUACACUGCAGAUGGAGGUCAGGAUCUGUCCGAUGACAAUAUUAUCAUCCAUGUUCCACUUGCAACAAGGUUAGAUCCAAUGCCCUGCGCUAUGAGGCGUGUUAGGUUAACUAGCACUCUCCUAUAAUGAACACUUUGAGGAACACAUCUGCUCAUAGUUACAAAAUAUAUAUCUUGCAGGUUUAUCUUUCCUUAGAGAAAACUUGGAAAUAUUGA